AUGGAGCAUCCGUUGGUGCAGCGUCUGCUGGAUGUGAAAUUCGACACGAAACGCUUCGUCUCACUUGUCACUCAUGGUGGUAAGAAUUUUCCGGAUUCAGAAGGACGAAAGUUUAUCGCCGAGCAUUUCGACAUCACGAUUCAGGCCUCCAUACUAUAUGUACUUGUAGUAUUCGGCACAAAAUUCUUCAUGCGAAAUCGGCAGCCCUUCUCUUUGUUCAUACCUCUGAAUAUCUGGAAUUUUAUUCUAGCCGUGUUUUCGAUUAUGGGUAUGAUCAAAUUAACGCCGGAAUUUUGGGGCACUCUCUCUGAUAAAGGGUUUCAAAAUUCAUAUUGCUUUGCAUACGAUUUCACAAAGGGUGAAAAUGGUUACUGGGUGUUCCUCUUCAUCGUAUCGAAGCUAUUCGAGUUGGUUGAUACUGUAUUUAUUGUUCUUCGGAAACGGCCUCUCAUGUUCCUUCACUGGUAUCAUCACAUCCUCACCGGUAUAUACGCCUUCUAUUCUCACCCUCAUACUCCCGGUUUUAACCGCUAUGGAAUCUACCUCAACUAUAGCGUUCAUGCGUUUAUGUACAGCUACUACUUCAUGCGCUCAAUGAAGAUUAACGUUCCCGGUAUUGUUGCAAAGUUCAUAACUACUCUCCAAAUACUUCAGUUUGUGAUAUCGUGUGGUAUUCUAGCACACAUUGGAUACUUGGUUCAUGUUGCUGGGGUCCCCUGUGAUUUCGACGAUAACAUCUUCAUUCUGGCAACGUUCAUGGACACAACAUAUCUAAUUCUAUUCAUCAACUUCUUCCUGAAGUCAUAUGUGUUGCGUGGUGGUAAAGCAAAAUAUCAGGCGGUACAGACAAAGUUGAAGAAAACCAACUAA